CAUGGCCCAGCCGCCGCCCGACGUUGCUGAGGACGACUGCCUCCCUGAGUAUCGCCACCUUUUCUGCCCGGACCUGCUCCGGGACAAAGUGGCCUUUAUCACUGGUGGUGGCUCUGGGAUUGGGUUCCGGAUUGCGGAGAUUUUCAUGCGGCAUGGUUGCCACACGGUCAUCGCCAGCAGGAGCCUGUCAAGAGUGUCCAUGGCUGCCAGGAAGCUGGCUUCUGCUACUGGCCGGCGGUGCCUCCCUCUGUCCAUGGACGUCCGAGCUCCUGCAGCCGUCACAGCCGCUGUGGACCAGGCCCUAAAGGAGUUUGGCAAAAUUGACAUUCUUGUUAACGGUGCAGCUGGGAACUUCCUGUGCCCCGCCGGCGCCAUGUCCUUCAAUGCCUUCAAGACCGUGGUUGACAUCGACACCAUCGGCACCUUCAAUGUGUCUCGUGUGCUCUACGAGAAGUGCUUCCGGGACCGUGGAGGCGUGAUCGUGAACAUCACUGCGACCCUGGGCGUCCGGGGGCAGGCGCUGCAGGUGCACGCGGGCUCUGCCAAGGCGGCCGUGGACGCGAUGACGCGGCACUUGGCUGUGGAGUGGGGUCCCUGGAACGUUCGUGUCAACAGCCUCGCCCCUGGCCCCAUCAGUGGCACGGAGGGGUUACGGCGACUGGGUGGCCCCCCAGCCAGUUGGAGCACACGCAGCCUGCAGAGCCCCCUGCGGAGGCUGGGGAACAAGACAGAAGUUGCCCACGGCGCCCUCUACCUGGCCAGCCCGCUGGCGUCCUACGUGACGGGGACUGUGCUGGUGGUCGAUGGCGGGGCGUGGCUGGCGUUACCCAAUGACACCCAGGGGCUGCUGGGUCCUGCUUCCUCCUCUGCCAAGCUCUAGGGUCUUUGUGCAGCAGAGGGAAGCCACGCCAGGGAGGCUGGAUGAGCUAACCGAGCCACCCGGCCAGUGUGUAUGGCUGAGAAUCAAGAGCCUCUGGCCUGGGACCAGCAGGUGGCAUGGUGGUUAAGGUGCUGGACACUCCCACACGGCUGACCGCGGUUCGAGUGCUGGACUUGGUGGCUUGCUUUCUCACUUCCCCUCUCUUUCUCUCUGUAUCUCUCUCUGAUCAAAUUAAAAUAAAUGAGUGAAUAAAUGAAAUUAAAUAAUAUUUUUAGAAAAAGAGCCUCUGGCCCCAUUGGGGCACCUCUGCAUCCACCCCAUGCAUUCCACCUGCCAAGAGAAGCACCCUGUCUCAUCU